AUGUCGACUCUUCGCCUCCGAUUGAAGUAUAUGGACAAGUCUUCAGUUGCAACAAUUCCUAGCGAUGCUUCCGUGCAAAGUUUCCUGGAGACAAUAGCGGCAACAUUCUCUCUUGAUCCGGAUUCCAUUUCUAUAAAGUUUGGAUUUCCGCCUCAAGAUCUCCCUUUAAACGAUAAGGGCUCACCUAUUUCAAGUUUCAUCUCGUCUGGACAACAGAUUCUUGUCGUCAAAUCUCCAUCAGCUACUACCAACCAGCCCGCUCCAGCUCCCAUCAAUCAUCAGGCUGUAUCUAAACCUACUGAAGGUUCCUUCAAUGCAUCAACCUUGCCAAGUAAAGGUGGUUCUAGCAGCGGCUCUCAAGAUCCUCCAUAUGUGAAUACACCACUCGGUGAUAUUGCUCUUCGAGUUAUGCCCGAUGAUAACUCUUGUCUCUUCCGCGCCUUGUCCAAGCCCUUGGGAUUCUCUCCUUAUGACCUUCGAGAAGUGGUAGCUAGCACAAUUUUAUCCAACCCCGAGUUAUACUCUACAGCGGUUCUAGGUAAAGCUCCAAUAGAAUAUGCUGCGUGGAUCCGUAAAGAGUCAAGUUGGGGUGGGUAUAUUGAACUUUCCGUUUUGUCCUCCCAUUUCGACUUAGAGAUCUGCUCCGUUGAUGUUCAAACUGGUCGUGUCGAUUCUUACAAUCCUCAACCAGCCUCGGGUCAGCGGACUUUUAUUGUUUAUUCCGGUAUCCAUUAUGAUUUGGCAGCACUGGCUUCCGUCCUUUGGGACACGGAUGCUGAUAUUGUCUUGUUUGAUGCUUCAGAUGACACGACGUUACCCUAUGUUCAACAACUGACCUCCCAUUUGAGAAAUAUGCAUUAUUACACUGAUACUUCAUCGUUUACGAUUCGCUGCAACACGUGUGGUGCUGGUUUGGUAGGUGAAAAAGAUGCUUCUGCACAUGCUAUGUCUACCGGUCAUGUUCAAUUCGGUGAGUAUUAA